CCUCCUGGUAAAAUACACAGGACUCGUCUCCCUUUUCAUGGUUGUACUAUCUUUGUGCGGAGUUUCUUUUGCUGAAGAAGCUCGGGAAAGUAUCGGCCCUGAAAUAGAAUGCGGAGAAGUCCAACUGAAAAUAACCGUAAAGCGACAGUUUUUCGAGGAGAGACGGAUUCCGUUCAAACCCGAACAUGUUCGACUUGGACCGAACUCAACACAGGAGUGGUCGUGCCGACCAAAGGGACAAAUGUCUGACCGUGCAAUAGUCAUCUCUGCAGGGCUGCAUGACUGUGGGACAGAGUCCAGUGUUCAUGGUGAGUGGUUGGUGUAUUCCAACCAGCUGUUACUGUUUCCUGCUCUGGUUCCUACCUCUUCCGGCAGUGUAAUCGUUAGAGGAGGAACUACUGUCAUACCUGUUGAGUGCCAUUAUAAGAGAAAGCAGACAGUGAAUGCAGAACCAUUAACCCCGACCUGGCUACCCAUGACAUCCACUAUCAGUGUCUUUGGCCUUCUGCACUUCUCCCUCCGUACCAUGGCAGAUGAUUACACCUCUCUGCAUAGUUCCUCGGUGUACCAGCAGGGGGAAGCAGUGUUUUUGGAGGCCAGUGUGGAGGCCCCGCUGCACCCUCCUCUCACUGUAUAUGUGGACUACUGUGUUGCUACACUAAAGCCAGACCCACUGUCCUUGCCAAGCUACAAGUUUAUCACCAAGAAUGGAUGUCUUGUGGACAGUGUAUUACCUGGAUCUUCAUCUAAAUUCCUCCAUAGGGAGCAGGAUAACAGACUGUGCUUCAGUUUCCAAGCCUUCCACUUCAAGCAGGAGUCUGAGGAACAGAUGUUCAUCAGCUGCCACCUUAGGGCAGUUCUGAAACAAAACUCACAUAGCCACCAUUAUAAAGCCUGCUUCUUCCAUGGGACUACAUUCAGCUGGCGUGCCACAGAAGGAGACAGUGCCCUGUGUGAAUGCUGCGACUCCGAUGACUGCUUAACGAUGGAGAACAGUGGCCACAAUGCACACACACCUCAACUAGAUACAGAAAAGAAGCACGAGGCUGACACAACAGUCGGGCCACUUCACACCCUGCCACGCUCUCAUUGGACAGGCCGUCUGUCAAUCGGUCACUAA